UAGAUAGAUAGAUAGAUCAUUAGUUAUAUAAUAUAUAUAUGCAUGCAUAGUACAGUAUGCUGUAAACUGGUCACUUUAAGGCUGAUUUAUUAUGGCAGAUAAGAAGAACCAGCAGUAGUGAUAGACUAUUGUAUAUUUACUGGGGUCUGCAUUCCCUAAUACUUAACCCAUUGCCGCUGGGGAUGGCAUGUACGUACAUGCCAUGCCCACUUUGAGCCGACUUAUUCGAUUGUUUUUACACAUAGAUGGCUACACUUGUACUAAGUAUCCAAUGAGCCAAUUCGAGUAUUGCCUGUCUCGCCCGUUCACCCUUUUCAUCGAUUUACGAAAAUAUUUAACGUUAUCCUAAUUUGCUGUUAAAAAUAACACCAUCUAUAUUUAUAGCACUAGUAAGAAUAUGUUUUUUCCCGCCAAUUUAAGGAAAGGUGAAAUCAGGACUAGCAGAGCCAUCUAUGGACAGAGAUAUUUCACAAAAAUAUAAAAAAUGAGUAUAGUAUUUUCCCCAUUUUUUGUUCAUUUUCCCCGGCGGCAAUGGGUUAAUGCAAUCAUGGGAAAUUUUCAGAAAUCUGGAAGUUCUUGGUAUUUGCGAGCCUUUUUUUUUUGUUUUGUUUUGUGUGUAUUAUCUGCCCUAUAUAUAGUCCCAUGCAAUGGGAAACACUUUAUAACUUUCCAUAUUGAUAUAGACAUGUGGGAUACUGAGAUCUUGUAUUGUUUGUUAAACUCUAUCUGCUUUGUAUAUACUGGCAAGGGUCCAUCUUUCAUGAAUAAACAUAGCGGCUGGAAUGCUAGGGGUGGGCAAGUAUACAUCACUUGAUGACAUGACACUGUAGUGGCAGUGGGUAUUGUUACUGCUCUGCUGACUCCUGGACCUUCAUUAUUUCCCUUUUAGAAAUUGCUUAUCAAUCACUAUUUCUCUGAUGAUAUUACCUUGUAGAAAUUGCUUGGGAGUCAUUAUUUCAAAGAUAUUAACAUAAUUUACCAUUUUUCAAGUAAAUUUUUAAAUUUUAUGUCUGCAGUUUCUUAAACCAAAAUCUGCACAUUAGGUUUCCUUCCUUGGCGACACUCCUAGGUGUGGCUUGUAGGUCUGGUUCACAAAAACACUCAAGUGCAGUAUCAAGAUUCCUUGCCUCCAUUUUGCAAUAUCAUUAGGCCUUUUUCUGCAGAUGUGAUUUUGCUGUUUUGCCAUUGCAUGAUGUGUAUAUUUGUCAUUUGUUGUGCUGCAUCAUGAUGAUGAUGAUAAUCGCCUGUUAUCGUUGAGCAUACUCCAUAUUAGCCCACCAGGUAGUUUACACUCUGUGUAAUUAGAAUAACAUUGUUAAUUCCUAUUCAGUUUCACUUUUAUGGAGCCCUAAAUAAGAGUGUUCUCUAAUUCUUACUGUAUAAUCAUAUGAUGUUCAUAUUUUUAAUAUUACUCUCUUAUUAUAGUCAUUGUAUUACGUUAUUCAUUAAAAAUUAAAUAAAAUAGAAUUAUAUUAGUAAGGCUUUUUCCCUGAAACAGAUUUUUCUAUUUUUUAAAAAUGUAGACAUGCCAGGUGUACAGAAACUUUGAUGGCUUAUAUCUUGAAACAACAUAAAUUCUAAGUUUAUGAAAUAUUUAAUUUCCAUUUCUAUGUAAAAUUGGGUUUAUUAUUCCUUAUUUUGUUGCUCACAUUUGUUGCUUCUGGAAAUGCUGCCUCAUUUGUCAUUUUUAAGCUUUUUCUGGGUUGUUUAAAAUGGGUAUAUAUUAUUGAUUUUUUUUAUCUGAUGUAUAGAUAAAUUGGUUUACUAGGAAUAUUUGAAAGCUGAAAUUCUUGAGAGCUUUUCUAACUAUAUUAUAUUCAUUGGCUAUACUUUUUAUAUGUGAAUUUUGAGAAUGUAAAAGUUACAUUGGAUUUAGGUAUUUAUAUAUUGUUGUAGUGGCAAAUUGUGUGAUGUGUUUUUUUUAUAAGCUAACUAUUUUUUUUUCAUAUGUUUCCAUUUAUCAUAUGGUGAUUAAUAGCUGUACUGCAUCACAUUCAUAUUGGUAAUCUACUUAAAUGAAAGCCAGGAAAUAUCUCUGUGUGAAGAGAAAGGAUAUUGAGCUAUCAAGAAGAAAAGAAAAAGAAAAGGAAAUUAUAUAAUUUUUUUUACUGAACUCUCAUGUUAUUUUGCAGUGCCAGGGGCAUAGUGUAGGAUGCCUCAGGAGGGGUUGGGGAGUAAGGCUGGCGGGAAAAAGCGGUCUGGCCUCCCACGCGUCCGUAGCCACACAGAUGCAGAGCUCCAGUAUUUUCGGGAUCAAGACCAUGAAAGCCUCCUUCCACACCCGUUCAGAGUUAGACUCAACGAUUUAUUCCUGCACAUAGAGAAGGAGUUUGAAGCUCUGUAUGCUGAAAACCUUUCAUUGCAAGAAAAAGUCGAGAGUUUGACCGAGAGGUUGGAGAGAGAGUCAGUAAUAGGUGACAGAACAGGAGGUAAUGACGACAAUGAUGGUGCUUCAACAAAAGGAGCGAUUAAAAGCAAAUGUAAGUUCUAACUAUUGUUUUCACUA